AUGGAUAAUUCAAGUUGGUUAGAAUAUGUUGGUGAUCAUCCGGUUUUUUAUUCUGACAGUGUAAAAUUAUCAGGAGAUACAAUAGGAUUGGAGAAUUAUGGAAAACCAAAAAGAAAACAAUCAUGUAUAGCUAUUGAGGGAAAUAAUCUUAUAUUAGCUGUAGGAUCCGAAAUAAGAAUAUUAAAUUUAUUGGAGUUUAAAGAUGCUUGGCAAUAUGCGAAUGAAAAUGAUGAACUGCAUGAAAUGUCUGAAAGCGAUGACAAAAAAGGGAAUGUGAUUUCGGUUGCUGGUGAUUACGAAUUGGCGGUAGUUCGAUUACCAUUAGUUAAAUUUAAUUUAUCAGCAUCAGAAAAAAAAGUUGAUUGUGUAACAUAUCCAAUUGGAUCUUUUCAUCAUAUGGAAGGAUCAAGUCCUAUUUCAAAGAUAUUAUGGCAUCCACUAACUAGAAUACCUCAUUUAUUGCCAGAACAGAAAUUUUGUUUCAGUGAAAAUCCAAAAAAAACUUUUUCUUUUGGUGCUGAAAUACCAAAAGCAGUUUCUUUUUGUUUUGGUCAAGGUGAUAAAGGCUGGUCUAAUUUUACUGUAUAUGUUUUAUUUGAUAACGGAGAUGUUUAUGCAAUGUGUCCAAUAGUAGAAUUUUCUUCUCCUGCAAAUAUUCAAAAUGAUUUAUUGUUGCAAGGACCAUUUUCAAUGAGACCAAAUCCUUUGGAACUAUCACAUCAUCCUUUUGAUGCAAGUGACAUAAUCUAUUUGAAUACUCAACCCACUAGUGUAAUUGUUAUAGCUUCUAGUAAUGGUAGAUUAGAUAUCUUUCUUGAAGUUGAUAAAAUUGAAGCAUUUUGGGAAAUUCAGGGAUUAAACGAAUUCAUUGACUCUCCUGUUCUUUUAUUAUAUGAAAGCAUUGAUUUAGGAUUUAUUAAAAGUUUUGUUACACCAACUUCAAAUAGUCCCUUCUCAAGUAAAAUUACAACUUCAUUAAAUCAUCCAGUUCUAUUAGAAGACCCUCAAUACAAAGACAUGUUUUAUGUGUGUAAUUUUGCAGGCGUUCAUGCAAUUCGACUUGGUAAUUGUAAUAGUAAUAGUUCAGCGAUGGGACAAUUUUUUAAAAAUCAAAAAAAAUCAGAAGUUAGUUGGAUUGCUUGUGUGAUUCCUAGUAAUCCAGAUCCUUUAAUAGGUUUAAUGAUAGUUGAUAAUGCUCAUCUAGGAUAUUUGGUUCUGAUAUUAACUUCCACGCUGCAACUAAAAGGAUUUCCUUUAGAGAGUAGAACCACACCAAUUAAAUUGUCAAUUGAUGAUGUUACUCGUUUGAAAAGUAUGGGAUUUCCCGAAACAGAUAAACUAGAGUUUCCAAUCAAACUACAAGAAGUUCUAACUUCUCAAGGAUUAACUCGUCAACCAAUUCUUUUGUCACAAAUUGGCAAUAAACAAUCAUCCAAAGAAUUUGAUAGGGUUAAUAGUGAAUUGAUAAGAGGGAUUUCGUUAACAAUUGUUAAUGAAAUAAUACCAAUUAAAUCUUCUGCUCACAUAUUAAUUAAUAGAAUAAAAUUACAAUUUCAAAUGAUAAAACAUCAAGCAGAUCUUUUACAGGAUCUUAAAAAUACCAUGGAAGAGAAUAAACAUAUUAAUUCAGAAUUGGAUGAUCGUGUAAAUAAAAUCAAACAAAAACAUUCUUUUCUAGAAAGUAAAGCCAAUCAAAUACUUCAAAAAAGAAUAAUUCAAUCAAAUCCAAUUCUCGGAGAAUUUGAAAAUGAGUAUUUUGAUAUGUUAAAUCGAGUUCAAGAAGAUUUAAAUGAUGAAAAUGGUUUAAAAGCUAAAGUAAAACAGAUACAAUCACGGCACUCAAAACUUCAAUUACACAAAGUUGAAACUGCUUUAGACAAAGAGAUGGAACUUAUUGAAGAAGCAACAAGUAAAAUCCAGGUAGCACAAGAAAAACUAAAAAAUUUGAAUUUGGAUAAUAUUUCCAUAAAAGAGUAA